UACUUAAUGGGAUUAUUACACCAGAAAAUACAAACAUGCACACAAAUCAUUGUAGUUUUACACUGACUACGCCAAAAGUUCACAGUGAGAAUGUUCCGGUGUCGACUUCAUUUGAUUCCUCUGCCCUUUCUCCUUUUCCUCACAGUCACAGCCACUGCCAUCGAAGCUGCUCAGCGUCAGCUCCCUGGCGAUGAAGUGCAAGCAUUGAAGGAUAUAGCUGCUGCAUUGAAGAAAACGAGCUGGAACUUCAGCAUAAACCCGUGCAGUGAAAUGCCCCCUUGGAACGUGUCAGAUUCCGAGGAUGCUGUCCACUGCAACUGCACUUUCUCCAAUUAUACCAUCUGCCAUGUAACUAGCAUUUCUCUGAAGAUGCAGUCGCUUCCGGGAACUCUCCCACCAGAUUUUGUCAGGCUACCUUACCUCCAAAACCUGGACCUCACUCGGAACUACCUAAGUGGUUCUAUCCCUCCCGAAUGGGGUGCCUUGCCGAAUCUCCUCAAUAUUUCAUUACUUGGAAACCGAUUGACCGGUCCGAUCCCUAAGGAGAUCGGAAACAUAUCCACUCUCCAGAGCUUUGUUGUGGAGUUCAAUCAGCUCUCUGGAAACCUUCCCCAGGAACUUGGAAACUUGUCGCAGUUAGAUAGGCUGCUUCUUACCUCAAACAAUUUUACCGGAGAGCUGCCUUCCACAUUUGCAAACCUAACGGCUUUAAAACAAGUGUUGCUUGGCGAUAACCAAUUCUCAGGAAAGAUACCCGAGUUCAUUCAGAACUGGAAAAAUCUCAAAGAAUUAGUACUUCAAGCAAGUGGCUUUCGGGGGCCAAUUCCUUCAAGUCUUGGCGCUCUGGGAAACUUAACUGACUUGAGAAUCACGGACCUGGAUGGGACUGAGUCGCAUUUUCCAUAUCUUGCAAGUGGUGUUGGCAUGGAGACGCUGAUUCUAAGGAAUUGCAAUCUCAUUGGAGAGCUACCCGGUUUUCUUUCAGAAUGGACAGGCUUGGAAACCUUAGAUGUCAGCUUCAAUAAAUUCAGUGGGGAAAUCCCAACCAACUAUAGCAGUUUAAAAGAUGCAAAGUAUAUAUAUCUGUCCAGCAAUAUGCUUACAGGUCAGGUGCCUGAUUGGAUUAUGAAUGAAGCGAAACGAUCUAGGGAUCUUUCAGAUAAUAACUUUACAACUGAAAGCGUUCCGUGCACGGACCGGGAAGUGAACUUAUUUGCAAGCUCAUCUGAGAAAAAUAACUCAAAAAUGCUCUCGUGUUUGGGAGCUGCCUGCCCAGAAAGAAGUUCGGACAAUCUCCAUAUAAACUGCGGUGGAAUUGAGGUGACUGUGAAUUCCACGACAUACAAUGAAGACACAAAUCAAAGGGGACCCUCAACGUUGUUCCGCAAGAGCCCAUAUAAUUGGGCUUAUAGUAGCACAGGCCACUUCUUGGACUACCGCGUGAACGAGAAUCGAUACAUUGUCAAUGAUGAAAACAGACAGCUACCCCAGCUUUACAUGACCGCGAGGAUUUCUCCAAUCUCUCUUACUUAUUAUGGUUUCUGUUUGACGAGAGGAAAGUAUAAAGUAACACUCCAUUUCGCAGAGAUCAUUUUUACUGGUAACAAAAGCUACAGCAGCCUGGGAAGGCGUUAUUUUGAUGUCUAUAUACAGGGUAAGCGGGUGUUGCAGGAUUUCAAUAUGGAAGACGAAGCAGGCGGAGUUGGAAAGCCAAUUAUAAAAAGUUUUGAUGCUAACGUUACUGAUGGCACUCUUGAGAUACGUUUUCAUUGGGCUGGGAGAGGCACUACUGCCAUCCCUUAUAAAGGAGUUUAUGGACCUUUAGUAUCGGCUAUUUCUGCAGUGAAUAUCGAUUCUAAAGAGCCACGAUCGAGUGAAAUACCAGUUGGUGCAGUGAUAGGAAUUGUGGCUGGAAUACUAGUUGGCAUUUUCCUGAUCGUGUGCAUUCUUUGGAGGAAAGGAUGUCUUGGACAAAAGUUUGCAUUAGGAAGAGAUACAAAGGGUCUAGAAUUGCAGACAAGUUCCUUUACCUUACAAGAAAUGAUUGCGGCCACGAAUAAUUUCAGUGAUGCCAACAAGAUCGGGGAAGGCGGUUUUGGUCCUGUAUAUAAGGGCAUUUUAUCAGAUGGUAGAGCUGUUGCUGUGAAGCAACUAUCUCACAAAUCAAGGCAAGGAAACCGUGAAUUCCUGAACGAGAUUGGAAUGAUCUCUGUUCUUCAACACCCUAAUCUCGUAAAGCUUUAUGGAUGCUGCGUUGAAGGGGAUCAACUGCUGUUGGUCUAUGAAUACUUGGAGAAUAACAGCCUAGCUCAAGCUUUGUUUGAAAAAUCUGUGUUGAACUUGAAUUGGCAAUUGAGGCACAUGAUAUGUGUGGGUAUCGCAAGAGGCUUGGCAUUUAUUCAUGAAGAAUCGAGUAUGAAGAUCGUGCACAGAGACAUCAAAGCAAGCAACGUACUACUCGACAAGAGUCUCAACCCGAAAAUUUCAGACUUUGGUUUGGCGAAACUAAGUGAAGACGAUACUCAUAUCAGCACCAGAAUUGCAGGAACAUAUGGGUAUAUGGCACCGGAAUAUGCGAUGCAUGGCUAUUUAACUGACAAGGCAGAUGUCUAUAGUUUUGGAAUUGUCGCCUUGGAAAUCAUCAGCGGUCGGAGCAACACUAGUCAUAAGCAGAAAGGGGAACCCCUUUAUCUUGUUGACUGGGCGCAUGUUUUAAAAGAGAAGGGGAUGCAAAUGGAUCUGAUCGACCCAAGGUUGGGAUCAGACUUCAAAAAGGACGAGGUAAUGGUGAUGAUCAAUGUGGCUCUGUUGUGCACCAGCAUCUCUCCAGCAGCUAGGCCACCUAUGUCUUCAGUCGUUAGAAUGCUCGAACGUGAUGAAGAAGUCCCGGCACCGAUCCCCCGUAGUACAGUAAUAAACGAUGCAGAGAAGAUUGAAGCUAUGAGGAGGCAUUUCAAUGGAUGCAUGGAAGAACAGGAGGAUAAGCUGUCAGAGAGGAACAUUGAGAGCUUUGCAAGUGAAGCGCCACCGGCUGCUUCUUCCAUUUCCAGGAGCGAUCUCUACCCAAUAAUCUGGAAUUCUGAUUAUUGGCGAAGCAGAAGCCCGUCUUAGCACUGCAUUCACUAAUUGCUCUAUGCAUACAAUAAGAUGCAGAGUGCCAUGGAAAUAAUUUGAAUAAUGUUAUAUUUCAGCUAAAUUGUAAAAAAUAUUCCAAAUCAGUAUAUGAUUUGAAACGAUAGGCAUAAUUUUUCCGAUGAAAUAAGUGGUGCUCUUAUUAA